AUGGCUCCAUCUCCAACUGGAAGAACAAGAACAAGGCCAACCAGAAAGACAAGAAGAAGAAAGCAUUUCAAGAAGCGGCAGCUUGUUCAGCACUCCAAGAUCAAUCAAGAAGAAGCAUCGAGAAGUUUGCCUUCAAACUCUUCCACCCCAAGCUGCAAUGAUUUUUCAAAGAUCGGCGACAUAGAUUUUGAUCAGGGCGUUCAUCAUGAAGUCCCCUCAAGCGGCUGCUCCACUCCAAAAGCUCAGAGAUUCAGAAUACCAGAGAUGUCAACAUGCCCACCAGCACCCAAGAAGAAAAGAGUAGCUUCGAAUUGCUCCUUGCAAAGAUCCCCGAUUCCAUUCUUUGCUCCUCCAGACUUAGAGCUCUUCUUUUUCUUUGCACUCCAAGAUAUUUCGGUUUGA